AUGACUGUUACAGAUGAAUGUGGUUACAACGAGGAUGGAGCUUUUGGAAUAAGAUUGGAGAAUGUACUUAUUGUCAACGAGGGUGAUACAAAAUUUAAUUUUGGCGGUAAAGAAAUUGUAGAAGAAUAUGCAAAACAACAGAGUGAAGAGGCCCCAAUUGAUAAUCUGAUGGAACUUGUACAACAAGUAGUUGUUUUUCACAUUAAGCGGCGCUAUCGGUAUGGAUAUGUUGUAAUUUUGCUAAUGAAGUGGAUUUGCUGGACCAACUGGACAAUCAAGAAACUGCCAUCAAGAUGA